AUGGCUGAAGAACUGGAGGCCGAGAAUGCCAGCUGGGAGCGCACUGCCAAAGAUCUCGCCGCCGGGGCUGCUGGAGGCAUAGCACAAGUCCUACUUGGCCAACCUUUUGGUAAUGCCUCUAUGUCAAGCUCGACACCUGUGUCUCCGUCCAAUUCGGCGCCUUCCGACGCCCACUCUCUAUCCCCGUCUUCCUCCCCCUCGCCAACCUCCGCAACAAAACCGCUAUCAUACGCCCAAUACUACGCCUCCGGCGCCUUCGCCGGCCUGACCAACUCCAUUCUCUCGGGCCCCAUCGAACACGUCCGCAUCCGACUCCAAACCCAGCCCCACUCGCCCACCCAACGCCUCUACUCCGGGCCCCUCGACUGCAUCCGCAAGAUCUCCUCCCAGGCCGGCGUCCUCUCCGGCCUCUACCGCGGCCAAACCGUGACCCUGUUCCGUGAAGCCCAAGCCUACGGCGUCUGGUUCCUGACGUUCGAGUACCUGAUGAACCGUGACAUGGCGCGCAAUGGAUACUCGAGGAAGGAAAUCAGUAGUCCAAAGGUGGCGCUUUACGGUGGGAUCGCCGGGGAGGCGUUGUGGGUGGCGAGUUAUCCGUUCGAUGUGGUCAAGAGCAAAAUGCAGAGUGAUGGAUUUGGGAUUGGGAAGCAGAGGUAUAAGAAUAUGCGGGAUUGUUUCAGGCAGACGUGGAGGGCGGAAGGGUGGAGGGGGUUCUGGAAGGGGAUUGGGCCGACGUUGGUGAGGGCCAUGCCGGUCAGUGCGGGGACUUUUGCGGUGGUGGAGUUGGCUAUGAGGGCUUUGGGUUGA